AAUUUCUAAUAAAAAAAAUUGAUUUUAAGAACUACCAUUUACGACAUUUACGUUCCAUAGACGCUAACCACACGGUCAAAACAAUUGCGUUCUUAUCGUGAUUCUAUUAUAUCAACUACACAACUACUAUAUUUAUCUAUCAUCUGAAUAUCUUUCAAAAUUAAAAUCAUGUCAAUGUCAAAGUAUCAUCCAUUUUCUUCAUUCCUGUGUACACAACAGAAAAAUUCUAUGAUACGGAUGAUUUCAACAUGGUGGUCUAAUGUACAGCAAGGACCUCCAGAUGCCAUACUUGGUGUAACAGAAGCUUUCAAACGUGAUAAAAAUCCAAAUAAAAUUAAUUUGGGAGUUGGUGCUUACAGAGAUGACAAUGGUAAACCUUAUGUUUUACCUAGUGUAAUAGAAGCAGAAAAUCAACUGAGAAAUAAAUAUUUGGAUAAAGAAUAUGCUCCAAUAAGUGGCAUUUCUGAUUUCUGUAAUUCAGCUAUAUCAUUAGCAUUAUCUAAUGAAUCACCUAUUAUUAAAGAUAAAUGCUAUGCUUCUAUUCAAUCUAUAUCUGGAACAGGUGCUUUAAGAAUUGGUGCUGAAUUCCUGCAAAGAUAUGCGCCAUUGAAAACAAUUUGGGUACCUAUUCCUACCUGGGGUAAUCAUAAUCAGAUAUUUAAGUUUUCUGGAUUGGAAGUAAAAACUUACAGAUAUUAUGAUCCAAAAACUUGUGGACUUGAUUUUGCUGGAAUGGUUGAAGAUUUAUCUUCAGCUCCUUCUGGAUCAGUAAUUUUACUACAUGCUUGUGCUCAUAAUCCAACAGGUGUUGAUCCAAAACCAGAACAAUGGAAAGAAUUAUCGGCAUUGUUUAAAAAUAAAAAUUUAUUUCCAUUUUUUGAUAUGGCAUAUCAGGGAUUUGCUUCUGGAAAUGUUGAUCGUGAUGCAAGUGCUGUUCGUUCAUUUUUAUCUGAUGGCCACCAGAUUGCUUUAGCUCAGUCAUUUGCCAAAAAUAUGGGCUUAUACGGAGAACGAAUAGGAUUAUUUACCUUGACAACCUUAGAUAAAGAUGAAGCAGAUCGUAUAAUGUCACAAUUAAAAAUAAUUAUACGUGGAAUGUACUCAAAUCCACCAAUAAAUGGAGCUAGGAUUGUGUCUGAAAUAUUAUCUCAACCUAAACUUAAUAAUCAGUGGUUAGUUGAAGUAAAAGGUAUGGCAGAUAGAAUAAUAUCAAUCAGAAACCAAUUAAAAAACCUUUUAGCCAAAGAAGGCUCUACACAAAAUUGGGAGCAUAUAACUAACCAAAUUGGUAUGUUUUGUUACACUGGACUCAGCAAAGAUCAGGUUAAGUCAUUAAUUGAAGAGCAUAGUGUAUACUUAACAAAUGAUGGCCGUAUAUCAAUGGCGGGCGUUACCACCAAAAAUGUUGGUUACUUGGCUAGUGCAAUACAUAAAGUUACAAGUGCUUGAUAGAGUACACUAAAGAAAAUAAUUAGACACUUAUAAUGUAAUAAAAUGGUGUUACUUAAUAAUAAAUAAAAAAAUAAAAUUA